AGGCACAAAUCCCGGGACAGAAUUGUACCCGAGAUUGAAAGUGCCACAGAAGAUUCGGAAGACCAGGUUAUUUCUGUUCAUCCUCGUGUCGUCGUUAAGAGAUCAUCAGCAUCUCAACGUAGGCCAGCACAUCAAUCGAGAUCCCCAAGUCGUGCCCCGCCACAUCAUCGAGGUCUCGAGGUGCGUAGCGAGGCGUACACCAGUUUCGCUCCAAAACGGUAUGUAGGCAUGAUGCUGCUAUUCUCGAGCGCCCUUGAUGACCAGUUACGUCUCUAGUACUCCUAAAAAGUAUUAUCAUUCGGACGUUUCGUAUUCCGGAAAGCUACCAUUCUCGCGAUCACGAGCAACGUCGGCGUCACGUGUGACAUCUUAUAGUGUAGGCUCUUCAUCAAAGCCGUCACUCGGCAAGUUUUUCCAGACGUCCUCCCUCCCACAGUCUUACGAGAUGGACUCCAAGAUCGGUACGUGCGUAGCAUGUAAUGAUGGCAUUUCAACCAAGAAACUAGCGAGGCUUAAGUGUGGGCAUCGAUGGUGUGACAAAUGUUUGAAAAGACGCUUCAAGGUGUCAAUCGAAGAUGCUCAAAACAUGCCUCCGAAGUGCUGCACCGACGAUAUCAUCCCACUCAAGCACGUCAAUGACUUGUUUAACGAUGAUUUUAAAAGGUCCUGGAAUGAAAAGUUCGCGAGUUUUCUUAACCGAGAUCGGAACUACUGUCCCAGAGCAAAAUGCCGAGAAUGGAUUCGGCCGGCGGAUCUUCGCCAUCACAACAAUGGCCGCACUAGCGCUACCUGCAGGAAAUGCCAUACUGAGAUAUGCGGCCUAUGCUAUAAGAAAUGGCACAAAUCGAGGCGUUGCCCCGUAGAUGCAGAUACGGCCCAAUUUGAGAGAGUCGCGAAAGAGGCAGGUUGGAAACGCUGUUUCAACUGCCAAGCCAUGGUUGAGCUGAAAGAGGGUUGCAACCAUAUGACUUGCCGUUGUGGUGCUCAGUUUUGCAUGAUGUGUGGGUCGAAAUGGAAAGUCUGUGAUUGUCCCUCAUUCAGCUAUGAUUUAAACGAAGAAGACGAUUUCGGCCAUGUGCAGAUACACGUACCCAUGGUAAGCCGAGAACGUCUCGGAGGUGCUGACGGUCUCGCUCGCGGUGCACACCUUAGCUACGGGCAAGAACCACGACACUAUCGCGGACACCGAAACAGAGGUCGAAUUCAGAGACCGUUACAGCGUGAUGAUAAUGAUGAUUACGAUGAUGACGAAGACGACGACGACGAUGAUUAUCUUAAUGACACUGGCGAUGUUAUCGAUAUGGGAAAUGGGCCACCCCAUUUCUUGAAUAACGACUACCGAAGAAGAGCACAUAGUGCGGUUGCACCGCCCGUUCCUCCGCCUGCUGUACCGCCGCCACCACCUUCGGUCACGCUUGAACGCCAAAACUCUGGUGCCAAUUAUGUCUCCGGGGUAAAUAAAGCACGAGGUGUGCGGGCCUCUUCAAUGGAGAGGCGACUGGCAGAUAGGUUUUCAGAACAGCGCCAGAAUUCCAACUCCCGUCCUUUUGGUCCACCCAUCCCACCUUCCACUGCUCCUCCUAUGGGUAUGGGCCUUCCACCACUUCGUCCGAACCCCAUGGUUCCAAGUCCCAUCUCUCGACGCCACACAAUGGACGACGACUUGUACGACCUCCCCUUUGAUCCCCGGUAUGCGUCGCACUCUAUACCUCGAAGACACCCACCCCAUAACUACAUGGACGACUUCGCUGUACACGCACCUAUGGGCCGACGACGCUUUCGCCAGAUGGAACCACCGAAGCCUUCAGAGCUUGCUGGACUCACAGGACCGGGCAGUGGUAUGAACCGAGUAUACGAAUGGGUGAAUCACGUUGACCCAUAUCCCCCAGACAACCAAACAGUUGCGUGAAACAACAAGCAGCAUUUCUUGCUCCUGAUAGGCUCGCGUCGACGCACACUCGUUUCACGUUACGCUAAAAUAAACGUUCUUUUAUGCCGAAU